AUGGGACCUCUUCAUGGUAUUCCUAUUAGUUUCAAAGAUCAAUUUCAUAUUAAAGGAGUGGAAACUGCCAUGGGCUAUGUUGGUUAUUUGAGAGAAAUUUUAGAAUACAACUCGAUACUUGUUGAUUGUGUACUUUCUCUUGGAGGUGUGGUUUAUGCCAAAACAACCGUACCUCAGACUCUUAUGCUUGUUGAAACUCAUAGUGGACAAGGAAGUCUUAUUGCAUUAAAAGGAAAUAUUUGUGGUUUUGGAACUGAUCUUGGUGGAAGGGUUCGAUUUUCUGUGGCUGUGAACGGUAUCUACGUUUUGCGACCCUCUGAUGGACGAAUUCCUUAUCGAUUGGCAAGAAAUUCACUUGAUGGACAAGAAUCAGUUCCAAGUGUCGUAGGUCCUAUAACGAGAUCGCUAGAAAAUAUUCGAACGAUUUUCAAAGCCAUUGCGGAAACAAAACCAUGGUUAGCUGAUCCCAAAGUUCACAAUAUUCCGUGGAGGGAAGAUAUGUUUCAAGAAUUUCAAGUAGGCAAAUUAUGCUUUGGUGUAAUUCGAUUCGAUGGACUUGUUCAUCUUUCUCCACCUGUUCAACGAGCGAUUAAUGUAGCUGUUGCAGUUCUGCGAAAAGCCGGUCAUGAAGUUGUGGAGUGGGAUACAUCGGAUCAUUUAGAGGUUAAUAAUGAAUUCAAUGUUCUUUAG